CAUGAUGUCACACAUCGUGGAUGUCACGUACUUAUUAACUUUACGUCAUUUUGUUGUACAGAGGGGGGGUGCCAUGUGUACCGUAACUUCCACGUAGAAAUUGUUUGCGAGACGAGAAUUUAUUGUGAAAGUUGGUUCUUUUAGGUUGUUGGCAAGGAAAUUUGAACUAAUUUUGAGUUGGCUCAUCAGCCAUCAUAAGAGAAUUGAAGAGUGCUAGUAUAAGUUUAUUUUCUAGGACUAGGAGUAUUGAAAUAUCCAUUUAUUAAUUGAAAAAUCAUCAAAAAUUUUCAAAAUGAAGAAAUUAUUAUUAUUCGCCCUACUUGUAUUACCGGCAGUGAUCUUCACCUUCGAUAAUGGUAACAAAUUGAUGGCAUAUGCUGAGGAAGAUCCUCUUGAAGAUGAAGCUGAAGUUGAAGGGGAAGCAGAAAUUGAGGAAGUUGGUGGCACUGAGGAGGAAGAAGAUGAAGGAUCACUGGCAUCUCCAAAUGCUGAUACAACAUUAUUGUUUGUCCGACCAGUGUCCACUGCAUCUCAAUUAGAAAUUCCCGCCGGUUUGCCAGUAGAAUUCUUGGUGGGAUUCCGCAACAAGGGCGACCAGGACUUCACGGUAGAAAGUUUGGAGGCUUCCUUCAGAUACCCCAUGGACUUCAACUUCUUCAUCCAGAACUUCUCUGCCAUCGGUUACAACAAAAUCGUGGCGCCCGAACAAGAGGCCACCUUCAGUUACAGCUUUCUACCCUCUGAGGCUUUCGCCGGAAGACCCUUCGGUCUGCACAUCGACCUGGCCUACAGGGAUGCCUUCGGAAACUCCUUCCAUGAUGCUGUCUUCAAUGAGACUGUACAAAUUGUGGAAGUUGAAGAAGGUUUAGAUGGAGAGACGUUCUUCCUGUACGUGUUCCUGGCAGCCGGAGUGGUCUUGCUGUUGGUGAUCGGUCAGCAAACUCUUCUUUCGGUCGGCAAGAAACGCACCGGAGGCGGCGGCGGCAGCAGCGGAGGCGGCAAAAAGUCCGCCGCCGUCGAGACCGGAACCAGCAACCCGAACAACGUGGAUUACGAUUGGUUGCCGGCACAAACACUCGCCUCAUUAAAUAAGGACAAAUUGCAAAAAUCACCCAAGGCGAAGCAACAGCAGAGUCCCAAGCAGCAGCUCAGCCCCAGGCAACGUAAAGUAAAACGCUCAACUGGUUCGGAAUAGUGAGAGUAAAUGACUGAUUCUAUUUUAGAAUUUUUCACUUCAUACAUUUCAACUUUUCAUUCGUGUACACUCGUGUUUAUUGUUUGUACACACAUAAUAAACAUUGGAUGAAAAAUGUGACCUUCAUCAGACAUGGAUAUUUACUUGCAGGAGGACAUUUUGAGACAAAUAUUUAUAAUUUAGUAAUUAUUGUGUUGUGAGUUUUGAUAAUUUAUUUUUGUCAAGUAGAAUUAUUGAUACUGUAUAUAAAAUAGAUUUUCCUCAUGAUCAUUGUGCAAAGUAAAAUUCAAAAAUAUUGGUAAUACUUUUAGUCAAAAUUCAAUUCCACCUCGGACGCCGGUUUUUCGAGAAAUUGCAUUUUUCAUUGUUUUUUUUUAAUAAACUCUUUUCCGAAAUCU